AGCUUAAACAGCACUUGUGUCCGUGAUAGCUAGAAGAUAUUUCAGUGGAAGAACUCUGGUGGGACUGAUCCUCUCCUACCAACAUGAAGGUGGCUUUUUACCUGUUUUUCACCCUGGCACUCUUCUUUUCGUACUCAGAUGCUGUUGAAGAAGAAAAAAUACCAGUUGAUUGCACUGACUUCCCCAGACAAGGGUGCACCAAGGAGUACGAGCCCCAUUGUGCCUCCGAUGGCAAAACCUAUCCCAACAGAUGCUAUUUCUGCAAUGCAUUUGUUGAAAGCCGUGGAUUAAUAACAUUACGUUACUAUGGAGAAUGUAAAAAGUAAUGCAAUACUGAUCCAGAGGACUGAGAUAUUCCUCCAAGCAACAUGGAUCUUCCUCCAUCCUUCUUUCCUCCACUUUUGUUUGCUUAGUCAGGGAAUAUCUUCUAAAUUAAUUUCACUUGUCAAUAAAAUGAACUAUGCAUCCUAA